AUGGCCCUAGUCAUGACUCCGAAUCUUCCCUUUGCAAUCGUUCAACUGCAAAUUACAUCACUUCUUGUCCGCAAUAACGAAAAUCCCAAGCAAAUACCCGGGGGAGUUGCUGUCAUGCAAUUGUCUAUGGAGGAAUAUGGGUCAAAGGGCAGGCAACUCUAUGUGAUUCUUUUCCAAGCAGAAGCCAGACGAAGCAUGUCAUCCUGCAACUCCAUUGAUCGCGCUAUGAAGCGGAAGCUUAAUCUGAGAGCCCCUCCGUGCAGCUUCCUCACAUCCUUGAAGACGGAGCAAAGUUCACCGCUUAUUUAUCAUGUCCAACCUGCAGGAGUCGGUCAGCACUCUUUCAGACGAUCCAGACAGGCCAAUGGCCCUUGGAAUGAUAAUCGAAUACCUCUUGACCUUUCAGGGUCACACAGUAAACUAACAGCGGUAGAAUAUUGGCUGUCGCUCCUUGAAGGACAGACAAUUAUACCCAGUCUGGAGCAAGGGGAAGCGUUUAAGGCUUGUUAUGUUUUGUUGAAAGCUCUGUCCAGGGAAAAAUCUGACACAACAUGGUCUAAUGAGCUGGAAAGGCGCUUGGACGACAUGAGUACAGACGACAAGGCUCUUCUCUCCUAUACGCGUCUGGUCCAAACCAUGAUUGAGGAAUCCUUGGGAAGCCGAUUCAAGGAGACAGCGCAAAUUGCGCUAACAGUCCCCGGCCAGAUCAAUGACACAAGUACUGCUUGUUCUAGAGAAGAUAUAGAGUCAGAGAAUGACUCGGAUGAUUCGGAUGUGACGGUGAAGGCUGCAGAGUCAAUGAAAGGAGACCGUCAGGAGUCUUCAUAG